AUGAUGGAUGAAUUCCUCAAACAAAACGAUCAGAUGCAGGGACCGGCACAGCCCUUCGCCAUGGAGCAGAUGCGUAGAGAGCUAGAGAACUUCCACCCCUCCCCUCAAAGAACAGGAUCACCCGCAUGGGCAGCAGAAUUUGACCCUGGCGAACAAGCUCGUAUGGAGGCUGCUUUCCAAUCCCCAGCCCCGGGAAUGAUGAAGGGCAACACCACAUUUCAGGCAUCAGAGUUCGCACGGUUUCAACAAAGUAGGGCGGGUGCGGUACCAGGAGCAGCGAGCCCGAUGAUGUCACAAUAUCAGGGACCAAUGGCUAGGGGAUAUGGCAUGGGGAUGGGUCAAAUGGGCAUGAUGGGUCCUGGAUAUAUGCCUAUGGCAAUGCAACAGCAGCCUCAACAGCAGCCGAUGGAACAACAAGACGUCAAGGGGAAAGGAAGGAUGAUUGAACUAGACGAUCAAAAUUGGGAAGCCCAGUUUGCUGAGAUAGAUGCUUCAGGCCAAGCAAACUUGGAUGAAGAGGCGAAUGCUGCCAUGGAGAAAGAACUUGAUGAUUUGGAUAGGUCAGUUCCCGCAGAAGAGCACGACUUCGCUGAUUUUGAGAAUGUAUGGAGAGGAAUUCAAGCUGAAACCGCUGCAACUAGACAACUGGUGAACGAAGACGAGAAGAUCGAGAAUAUGGCGAUGGGCGAUUUCAGUGAGUGGGAAAAUUUUGACGGUGGUUUGAAUACCCAUAACUACAGAGACCCCCAACUUGGGGAUUAUCUUUUUGAAGAUCAGAACGCAUUCCGAGCUGUUGGCAACCCGUUUGAAGAGGGAGUACGCAUCCUGGAAGAAGGUGGAAACCUAUCACUAGCUGCCCUUGCUUUCGAGGCGGCUGUUCAGAAAGACCCAGCUCACGUCCAGGCAUGGACACUGCUUGGAUCUGCGCAGGCCCAGAACGAGAAAGAAAGCCCGGCUAUCAGAGCGCUGGAACAAGCUUUGAAGCUGGACCCUAACAAUCUCGAUGCGCUCAUGGGCCUAGCAGUUUCCUACACUAACGAAGGCUACGAUUCGACAGCCUACCGAACCCUAGAGCGAUGGUUGUCCGUCAAGUAUCCACAAGUCAUCGACCCGAAUGAAGUCGGAACAGAAACAGAGAUGGGCUUUACCGAUAGACAUAUGCUACACGAGAAGGUAACGGACCUUUUCAUCAAGGCUGCCCAACUCUCACCUCAUGGGGAGCACAUGGACCCCGACGUACAAGUUGGGCUGGGUGUGUUGUUCUACGGCGCUGAGGAAUACGACAAGGCAGUAGACUGCUUCUCAGCCGCUCUGGCCUCGACAGAGUCAGGCAGUUCGAACCAGAAGGGACAGAUACAUCUGCUCUGGAACAGGCUUGGAGCUACCCUUGCCAAUUCAGGGCGAUCGGAGGAAGCCAUCGAAGCCUACGAGAAGGCUCUCACCAUCAAUCCUAAUUUUGUCCGCGCCCGUUACAACCUAGGCGUAUCUUGCAUCAACAUCGGCUGCUACCCUGAGGCAGCCCAGCAUCUACUUGGAGCUCUCUCAAUGCACAAGGUGGUUGAGCAAGAGGGUCGUGAACGAGCAAGGGAGAUCGUUGAGGGCGUUGACGGUAUCGAUGACGCUGAACUCGAGCGCAUGAUCCAUGUGAGCCAGAACCAGAGCACGAACCUGUACGAUACCUUACGGCGAGUGUUUAGCCAGAUGGGUCGUCGGGAUCUCAGUGAUAUGGUGGUCAGUGGCAUGGACGUUUCGGUAUUUAAGAAGGAAUUUGACUUUUAA